ACUUCCAGAACAUCUGUGUAACCAUCAGAUACAGACGUGAAAUUAGAAAUGCAGAAUUAUUCAAAUAUUCUUGCUUUUGGGGAACAUCUUGUACUGCGGAUAGGUUUGUUUCUUCCUAAACCAUACAGUUAGGUAAAUAUUGCAGAAGUAAAUGUACUUUGAGUUUGAACUGCUAAAAUUUUCCUUUCAUUGUACUGUUAAUACCUGCAUUGCAGGGAAAUGUUUUUCUUUAUUGGAAUUAUGUAGCUUACAGAUGAAAAACUGUUCUUUCUACUUGCUGGCACAGUAGUUAAGGAAUUAACAUCCUGUAUAAGAUUCUCCAGCUUGAAGAUUACAUGUGCUUGAAAAUCUGUCUUGAGGUUGUUAACUGAGUAUGCCGAAGCCUUAUGCUGGAUCUUCACUUGGAGAUGAAUUCAAUGCUCAAAAGGGCUGGACUUCUCACUGAGACAUAUUGAACAAAAAACUAAGAUAUGCUUCUGAGUUUCUCUAAAGAACCAAGAUAAUUCUAGAAGGCAUAAUGGGAUCCCUUACAAGUAUCUAUAUCUUUGCUUGUGUCUUUACACUCACACUUUGGAAUAAUGUCCAGCCAACUGUGGAAAACGAAUUCAUUGCAAACUAUUCAAGCCUUUUGCUAACUGAUGUUCCAAAAACCAUUCCACUCCAUACUCGUGUAUUAGAUUUAUCACAUAAUAGGAUCUCUGAACUUAGUAUCUCUGAAUUUAUUUCUCUUUCUGACCUUCAGGUAUUAAAUCUUUCUCAUAAUCUAAUUACAGAGCUUGACUUUAAUGUCUUCAUUUUUAAUCAAGAUUUAGAAUACUUAGAUCUAUCUCAUAAUAACAUUUGGAAAGUUUAUUGUCAAACGCUUGCAUGUCUUAGACAUUUAGAUCUUUCUUUCAAUAAUUUUACUGUCUUGCCCAUCUGUCAGGAAUUUGGGACCAUGUUUCAUUUGGAAUAUCUAGGAUUAAGUGCCACAAUGAUACGAAGGUCAGACUUCAGAUACAUCACACAUUUACAGCUGAACACUGUCUUCCUUACCUUGGAAAACUUUUCUCUGUACAAGCCUCAAAGUCUAACAGCCUUAAAUACAAAGAGCCUUCACAUUGUUUUUUCAGCAAACCAAAACUUCAAUUUUUCCCUCUUGUAUGAUGGGAUGAGCACUUCAGAAAACUUAAAAAUAGUUAAUGUAAGAUAUACCUUGAGCUACAAAGAUUUCCCCUCUCCUGCUUUAACGCUUCUGAAGAAAAUCAAGACAACGGCUCUGAUGCUUGACACUGUGGAUUUAGAAUGGCCUAUCAUUUUGCAAAUUUUCCUGCUUAUUUGGUAUUCACCUGUGGAGCAUCUGACUGUGAGAAAUUUGAUUUUUCGGGGACCAAUAGGAGGGUUGACUGCAUAUAAAUUUGUACCCUUCUUAAGCUCUCUGGAACAAGUAAUGUCUUUGGGUGUCUCCAUGAAAGCGUUAACUUUGGAGCGUGUUCGUAAUAAGGUUUAUUAUUUCAACCAGAAGAUUCUAUACAGGUGGUUUUCAGAGAUGAAUAUUGCCAGUUUGACAAUAUAUGAUGCAUACAUGCCACACAUGCUUUGUCCGCAGAGAGCAAGCUUAUUUCAAUAUUUAAAUUUUUCUCGCAAUGCCCUGACAGAUGAAUUGUUCCAGAAUUGUAGUACUCUGGCAGAGUUGAAGUUAUUUAUUUUGAGGAGGAAUAAAUUUGAGAGCCUUUCCAAGGUGAGCUCCAUGACCAGGUACAUGAAAUCACUGAGGUAUCUGGACAUGAGCAGCAACUUGCUGCAUACCGAUGGAGCCGAGGAGCACUGCCAAUGGACUGAGUCUCUGAAGGAGCUGGACCUGUCCUCAAACCAGCUGACAGAGUCCGUGUUCGGGUGCUUGCCGGUCAAUGUCAACAAACUGGACCUACACAACAACCAGAUCAGCAGCGUCCCCCAGGGGAUUGCUGAGCUGAAGUCCUUGAAAGAGCUGAACCUGGCGUCGAACAGGCUGGCCGACCUGCCGGGGUGCGGUGGCUUCUCGGCCCUGGAGAUCCUGAAUAUGGAGAUGAACUCGAUCCUCACCCCUUCCGCCGACUUCUUUGAGAGCUGCCAGAGGGUGCGGGAGCUGGAAGCCGGGCACAACCCGUUCAAGUGCUCCUGUGAACUGCAGGCCUUCGUGCGUCUGGAGAGGCAGUCUGGGGGGAAGCUGUCCGGCUGGCCGGAGGCAUACGUGUGCGAGUACCCCGAGGACCUGAAGGGAACGCAGCUGAAGGACUUCCACUUGACGGAGCUCGCUUGCAACACGACCCUGUUGCUUGUGACAGCUCUGCUGCUGACGCUGGUGCUGGUGGGGGUGGUGGCCUUUCUGUGCAUCUACCUGGACGUGCCGUGGUACGUGCGCAUGCUGUGGCAGUGGACGCAGACGAAGCGCAGAGCUUGGCACGAGUGCCCCGAGGAGCGGGAAACCGUCCUGCAGUUCCACGCCUUCAUUUCCUACAGCGAGCGCGAUUCCGUGUGGGUGAAGACCGAGCUGAUCCCGAACCUGGAGAAGGGGGAGGGCAGCGUCCAGCUGUGCCAGCACGAGAGAAACUUUGUUCCCGGCAAGAGCAUUGUGGAGAAUAUCAUUAACUGCAUAGACAAGAGCUACAAGUCAAUCUUUGUGUUGUCUCCCAACUUUGUGCAGAGCGAGUGGUGUCACUACGAGCUCUACUUUGCCCAUCACAAGUUGUUCAGUGAGAACUGCAACAGCUUGAUCCUGAUUUUGCUGGAGCCUAUUCCUCAGUAUAUUAUCCCUGCGAGGUACCACAAGCUGAAGGCUCUCAUGGCAAAGAGAACGUACCUGGAGUGGCCAAAGGAGAGGAGCAAGCGUGCCCUUUUCUGGGCUAACCUGAGGGCAGCUAUUAACGUUAACCUGCCAAUGUCAUUUGAAGGAAAUGAGGAGGAAAAUGAUGUUACUUUUACUGAUAGUAUAACUCAGCCUCUGAUUAAGUGACUUGACUGUCCUGCAUUAAGUUGUGUUAAUGAAUGUUCCAUAUUUUUAAAAAAUAUUUUGAGUUUGUAGCAAAAUGUAGUUGUGAAGCAUAUGGAAAUUACUACUGCUUAUUUUAAUUGUGAAAGUAGUCAGAAGUUUUCUCUUAUUUCCCCAUCAUCGACUAGAGGAUGAGAAAGGAUUUUUCCUAGUAAUUUCACUUUUCUUUUUUUUUUCCAAGCUUGUGUUGGCUUUGCUUUGGAUGUUUCCCAUUGAUUCUAGCCAUAUUUGAAAGCAACAAAAGUUCAAUGUCAUUGGGAUUGUAAAGUCAUGUACUUAGUCUUUGUUCUGGCAGGGACGUUUUGGAAUUAAGAUGGUAGGGGUCUUCUUCCUUAGGUUUAAUUAAAUAAUACAAACAAGAAGAAAACUCUUGUUUAAGUCCAUUUCUGUAUACUAGCAUAACAGAUGCCAAAGGUACAGUAUUUCUACACCUUCAGACCUCCCUGCAACUUAUUCCAAGCCUGUUUUCACUUCUGGGAAAUCUUUCCCUUGAUCACAGACAGAGACUGCCCUGGGUAAAAGCUGGAAGUUGGAGUCAUUAAUCCGUGUUUAAUAUCCUUCUUACUUUGCUGUACCAUACAUUGCCGCUUGCAUAGAUUUACCCAUCAAGAAAUCAUUUCAUAAAAUUUGCUAUUGGUUAUUUUCAAAAUAAUAGCUAAUAUCUGAAUUUAUGGGUUUUAUUGUGUUAUAAUAUUACUGUUUCUGCUGUGCUCAUAUCAAGCCGUAUUGGGCUGCUUGUUUUCAGAAGUAUAGCUAUAUAUAAGUACUUCAGUAAUAUAUUCUCUUAUAAUGAACUCUUUCAACUGUAAGGGUUAAAAAAAAAAAACAAAAAAAAAACAGAUGUCUCAAUCUACUACAAUUUCAUUAAAAAAAUUAUCUCAGUUACACCACUGUAAUUCUUCUGUUAAAUUAUAAAAUGUAUUUUAUUACUAUCUCUCUUGAUCAGCUAGUAAGUAACCUACUUCGCAGUGUGGUUUCGUAGGUAUUCAGAAUGUGUGCCAUGUGAUAAUAUUGCAGGAAAGCCCCUCUUACUGAAAAUAGGAAGCAGAGCUUGCAUAACCAUUGUGAAAGAGUUGCAUUACCAGGGCUGUCACUGAAUUAGGUCAUCUAUUAAGUAUUUAAACUCAGGAGGCUGAUGUUUUGAGGUAAAUCCCCUUUUAUCUAUAGAGUUUCACUGAACUCUGUUAUCCUGCCCUUUCAUCACCAGGCACUGAGAGUCACCUUUCAGGAUAAAAAGCGUGUGCUUCACUGGGAAAUAACCUCUCUGCUAAAAUCAAUCUAAUUAAACUAAUGAUACUUGUUGAUAGGAGGCAUCUAAUUAUUUGCUGUACUUGGAUUUAGUUUGAUAACCUAAUAGAUGUCUCAUUUUUUUAAAAAAACCUGUUAUUAAACUUCCUUGUGUCAUGUCA